AAAAAAUGUAAUACUGUUUGACAACUAACCUAGAAAUUUAGUCUUAAAACAAAUGUUAUAUAUAAAUAAAUAAUACGAGAAACACAAACACCUAAUUAUGAGUAAUGUGUAUAUUUUGGAACCUCCAACCAGUGGGAAGGUGUUGUUGAAAACUACUGUUGGUGAUAUAGAUGUGGAAUUGUGGACAAAGGAAGCCCCAAAAACAUGCAGAAACUUCAUUCAAUUAUGCUUAGAAGGUUACUACAAUGGCACAAUAUUCCACAGAAUUGUUAAAGGUUUCAUCGCACAGGGGGGUGAUCCAAAUGGAGAUGGUACUGGAGGUGAAUCAAUAUAUGGUGGCACAUUCAAAGAUGAAUUCCAUCAAAGGCUUAGAUUUGCAAGAAGAGGUCUUUUGGCUAUGGCCAAUGCAGGACCUGAUGACAAUGCAUCUCAGUUCUUUUUCACAUUGGCUGCAACUCCAGAGCUGCAAAACAAACACACAAUAUUUGGAAAGGUUACUGGAGAGACUGUCUUCAACAUGCUGAAGCUUGAGGAGGGUUUGAUUGAAGAUGAAAGACCAGCUUAUCCUUACAAGAUAAUUAAGACUGAGGUUCUGAACAAUCCCUUUACUGACAUAGAACCUAGGAUCCUUGAAUCAGCGACGAAGGAGAAGAAGAAAAAGAAAGUUAGAACGCCCGGUGUGAAGAACUUCAAGUUACUAUCGUUUGGGGCUGAAGCUGAGGAGGAUGAGGAGGAGACCAGUAGGGUCAAUGAAAAGUUCUCCGGGAAAGGCAAAUCGACACACGAUGUAUUAGAUGAUCCCAAGUUGAGUUCGGAAACGGUGACCGACGAUUCAUCCAAAAAGGCCGAGGCUGAGAAAACUGUAGCUAAGAAAGAUGAUGAGAAUGAUGAAGAUGAGGAUUCCGAUGAUCCGGAAGAGCGUGCCAGACGCUUGGAGAGUAUUAGGAAUAAGCUGAAGACCGGUAAAGCUGUUAAGAAGAGGAAACCCAUUGUGGAUAUUUCUGCGCGAGAUGAUUGGGAUGAUGAACACGUCGAUGAGAAGAAGAAGAAAUACGAUGAGAUUAAGAAAGAAAUUGAAUCUGUCAAACGGGAUUACCACAAGAACAAGUUAAGGAAGAAGGACGAGGAAGAAAAGACAGAAGAGGAGCAGAAGAGCAAAGAGGCUGCUGGGUUUAAAGAAUACAAUGAUUUACUGGGUAUGUAUAAAAGUAAAAAGAGCGAAAUUCCAAGGAAGGGUGUGAAUAAUGAAGAAUUCACUUUGAACUUGCUGUCGAAGUUCAGGAAUAAACUGCGCGCUACAAAAGAAUCUAAGCAGGAAGAGGAGGAGGAAAAGGAACAAGCAGAAAAGGCGGAGCAAGAGGUAGACGACGUCGAGAAGGAUAAGAAUUGCUUCGUUCAUAAAUUGCGUUGUGAGGAGGUCGAGCCGGUAUUGGCUAAAGAUGCCAACACGAAAGACGACGAUUGGUUCGAGAUAUACGAUCCUAGGAAUCCGUUAAACAAAAGGAGGCGUGGCGCGACAUCAAAACCAGCCACAGAUUCCUCCAGCAAAUAGUGUACGAUUCAGAAUGCAAAAUUACAAUAUCAUAUUUAAACAAAUAAUAAGAUUUUCGAAUGAA